UUAGUAUGAUUUGUGUAACCAAACGACCAAGUACAUAAAAAAGUUUUACAUUGAACGUCCAUCAAUUUUUCCGUGUUGGUCAUCAUUGAUAACCAUAAUGUGGCCUCACUCAGCUAAUCAGGCUGAUCCGUUCAUCAUCUUCUAUCUUAAUCAUCUUCUAACAUUUUUUUUAACUGUGACAUUUUGUAAUGUGCUACUUUCAAGGAAUACCAAUGGCCAAAACUACACAAACUGCACGGAUUUAGAUUGUAAUAUAAACUGUCAAUUAGGAUGCCAAAAAUCACGAGAUUACAAAGAUCUCUCAUGUUCAACAAUCUGUAACUCAACUAAAUUAACAUCAAAUCAAACUGAGGUGUCGUCAUGUCUUCGUGGAUGUCGCUCGUUUCGUCAAGCUUAUUGCUCAGAAUUAGCAGAAAAACUUAAACCACUGCCGCAACCUCACCCGGUCGCUAAUAGUAUCGGCAACCGAUCUUUGCUAUUGGAAUGGUCAUCACAUCCAGAGAUUAAUAUAAACUAUACUGUCCAGUACAGAUUCGAGGAUUAUAUGGAAAACAACACUUGGUAUGAUUAUGUGCCAACUCGAAGCACUUAUCGUGGUAUAAAUGUGAGCUUCAUUGAAGAUCUUAAACCGUUCACUGAUUACCGAUUUAGACUAAUCUAUUCACCGGCUCCUGACUGUGCACCAAUACAAUCAAGACCUAGUCUAGUGUUACGAACACUUCCUUGGGGCCGACCAAUUGUAGCACCAGAAAUAACUCGAAUCGAAGCACCAACACCACAUGAGAUUUUUGUAACUUGGAGAGCACCAAAGUUUCCCAAUGACCACAUAAUUGCGUAUGUUUUGUACCUUUAUGAAUAUGCGACCGAUGAGAAGCGAUUGCGACCCAUUUCAACGGGCUCAUCUCCAUCCUAUUCGUCAAUUCAAUUACCCAAUUCUGCUAAUUUGGCUCUAAAGUACCAAUACAAUCACAGUACACCUUUGCAGUAUACAUUCGUUGGUCUCAAACCGUCCACUUUGUACACCAUUGGAUUAUCAAGUAUUAACUCGCAAGGCGAGGGACCUUUGACCCUCUUGAAUGUCACUACACCAUUUUUCAAUGAAACUGAAGGUCUAACUGAUCUGACAGUUCCACCAUAUCUACUUGUCUCCUCGAAUCGGUCAGUUUACAAUUACUCAACUGACCUUAUGGAUGGGUCAACACUUUUUAGUCUAGAUAGUGAUGAUAAUGUCACAAUUGUGUCCGUUGAUUUGCAUAUUAAACGUAAAUUGGUUUUAAUUGCUUCGUCUAAUGGAACCAUUUGGAAGAUUGAUAACAAUUUAGGCAAUCAAGUUGAUUCUAAGCCUCGAGUAUCCAUUUUACCGUUACCAGUUCCUGGUGAUCAUUGGCCAAGUGCCAUUAACAAAAUAGCCAUUGAUUGGGUUCAUGAUAUUGUUUAUAUGCUUUUCGAUUCAUCAAUUGGUUGUUUCAAUUUAGAUGAAUUAACAAUUUCAUUCACAUGGUGUUUACCUACUUUAAUCAGUGGAGCCAAAGAUUUACAUGUUGAUCCAGUUAACAAAUAUCUCUAUUGGUCCAUUUCCAAUCCAUUUGAUAGAAGUGGACUCUACCGAACCUCUUUGAUCAAGUUACCGAGGCCCAAUUCUGUUUCCAACGGUAAACCGGAAAUCAUUCGUUUUCUCCGAGAUCCAUUGACCAAAAUAUUCACCAUUGAUUAUUCACGAAAACGUAUUUACUUUCCUCACAAUGAGACGAUCUGGUCAACAUCUAUGGACGGAACCAAUGUGACCAAUAUAAGGCCAAAUGUUGUCGCCUCUCGAUUCAAAGACGUUGCUGGUUUGGUUCACCAUGAUGAUACAUUUUACUGGAUCUCAGGAACUGAAUUGUGCAAGGAAGAGGUUAAUCCAGAUGGAGAGGAGAUUUAUCAUAAUUCAUUCGCUUUGGAUGACAAAUUAAUCUCCCUUGUUUUGGUCCAUCCAACGGUUCAACCGAUGCCCUUUGUCCACUCAACUGCUGACCAUGAGAUCUUGAUUAUUCAUCCUUCAUCUUCAGCCGAUUUCAAGACUCUUUGUUUGACUAUUCUUGGAUCAUUAAUGUUUUUUAUUAUUUUGCUUUUUGUUGCCAGAAAAGUCAUGAAAUCGCAAACUAAUGAGAAAGAAGUUCUCAAGGAAUCUGAACGAGGACAUGAACGAAAUCUAAUCAGCUUGACCCAACUUCCAGAUCAUCCCCAUGAAGACAAUAGACUCUAUCUACCAGGAGAUACUGGAAUAGAAAAUGAAUUGUCGUCCAUCAGAUUAAUUUCACCAAGUCAAUUCAAACAAACAGAUCGUUUGGGUUGUGGAGCUUUUGGUCAAGUAUUUCGUGGCUUGUUCACUGAUCCUGAGCUUGUCGGAAGCCUCGAUGCUUCAUUGCCCGUUGCGAUAAAGAAAUUAAAAUCAGAUGCAUCAGAACAAGAAAAAGAUGAUUUCAUGAAAGAAGCUAAAAUCAUGGGGAACUUCAAACAUCCACACAUUCUUAAAGUUCUUGGUGUUUGUCUUGAUCCGGGAAAUAAUUCCAUUUUAUUAGAGCUCAUGGAGGGAGGCGAUCUUCUUUCGUAUCUUCGAGAUGAGAGACCGACAGAAAAGAAACAGUGUGAUUUGACUUUAGAUGAUCUUCUCAGUAUCUGUGUGGAUGUUGCUAAAGGUUGCCAAUAUUUGGAAGCGAUGCACUUUGUUCACAGAGAUUUGGCCGCUCGAAAUUGUCUUGUUUCGAGCAAAAACCGUGAAUCAAGAAUCGUUAAAAUCGGUGACUUUGGUCUAGCUCGAGAUAUUUAUAAAAAUGAUUAUUAUCGUAAAGAGGGCGAGGGUUUGCUGCCAGUUCGAUGGAUGGCCCCGGAAAGUUUAGUUUACGCCAUUUUCACGACCCAAUCGGAUGUUUGGUCAUUCGGUGUUCUACUUUGGGAAGUUAUGACUUUAGGUCAACAACCAUACCCAGCUCGUAGUAAUCAAGAAGUAUUGAACCAUGUUCGAAGUGGUGGUCGACCUGAAAGGCCACCAAACUGUUUAGAGGAGAUGUUCCUUUUGAUGAAUCAAUGCUGGUGUUACAAUUCAGACAUGAGACCAACAUUUAUGUCUUGUCUCAAUUAUCUGGAGGAAUUAAAACUUAAAUUGUCAUCAGGAGACGGAAUCAUCACAAGUUUUUCAAACCACAGCUACUACACCAACGGAGCAUCUUCAGAGUUGAGAUUUUCUACCUGUGGAGACUCUAGUGGCUUCAAUAGUGCUUUCAAUAGUACCAUGGACACAGCGACAACUUAUUGUGCUUCAUCUCGAGCUGAGAGCGUCCAUUCAAAAUACCUCAACAUAUCAGUUGAUCACGAAGGUUACGAAAUACCGAUUCCUGGAUGUUCAGGUGCUUGUGGCUUGAGUCAUUCUUUUGACCAGCAAUGUAGACCUCGACAAAGUGAUAUUGACCAUCAAAAUGGUCAAAUGUUUUCUGCGCUUGUGAAUACUCGUCGAAACAAUGGAUCUCGUCUUCAUUGUACCAAAUCUAUUAACGGAUCACCACCGCCAACAUAUUCACAGUUAUUUUUAAGCUCAUCUGCAGGAACGGGAAAUGAAUCACCAGAGAGUUGCCAAGGCUCACCAGGAGCAAUUUCCGAAGUAAAUUCAAUAACAGAUCAAAUUAGCGCAGAGACGAGCAAUCAAACUGGAAGCACUGAGAGUUUAGAUGAAGGUUCUGAAAUGACCUCAGUAACAACAGCUCUUCUUAAACCUGGUUUGACCAACCAACAUCCGGUUCAUAUCUAUCGUAACCUCAGUGACCUGAUGUACGUCAACGAUUUGGCAUCUCUGUUGGAGACAAUGCCGUUACCACUGCCUGCACUGAUACCAUCAUCUUCGAAGCCAAAGCCUAUGAUAAAUGCAGUUUCUAACGCCAAUUAUGAUGAACUUUUUCCAGAAAAGCCAAAUGUUGAUACGAUAUUCACCAAUUUAUACACCAAUUGAAACCACAAUCAAUAU